UUACCUUAGAUAAUGCCGACCCUCGUCACGCUACUCCUACUGCUCUCCUCAACCAAUGCAUUCCAGACCACGACAUGCGACUGCAACAAACCAAGCGGAGUCGGACUCCUCCAAUUUUCCGAUGGCUCCUGCGAACCUGCCACACGCAAUUCGAAUACGAAAGUCGACUAUCGAGUCAUGACCGACAAAAAGGCAGCUUUUAACUUCCCGGGAUACAUCUGUGGUAGAUGGAAAUCAAUUAAGCAUAUCACGAUCAAUUUCGUAAGACAAGUUAUUACCGUUCCGGAACGCAUCGCCAUGGAAACGACGGCGGUAGAGUGUGAUAUCAUGAGACAAUCGAGGCGAUGCAACGAGAGCCCAAUGAUGAAAUCAGAAAACAAAUGGAUAUUUAACCAAGAACCGGAGGACUUCGGUUAUUGGCUAAGAACCACCACUGUGGUUACAGUCAACUGUAUGUUAGAAGAAAUCGUCCUUUCCCGAAUUGACGAAGGAGACAUGAUAAACACGCCACUAGGAAAAACCAACGUAUCUCAUGGAUCUCUAUCCCAUAACCAUCUAACAUUAUUUUGGAUCGACACCUACGGAAAACCAACUGAUAUCGUAAUCCGACAAUUAGAGAAAGGCGUGGGAUUCUGGUACGAAUCUUCAACGAACGGGACUUGGAUCCUCCAAGACGACUCCAAACAGUUGGACUUUCACGUACGGUUGACGUCACGCUGCCAAACCGUGAAAUGCGACAAAAAAAUAGACAGUUGGACCGUGAUCGGAGACAACCAUUUGUUCAUCAUUAAAUACCCAUUGGGACCUUCCGCAGUUACCGUACCAUCCAUCAUCAAGGAUAUUGUGACAAAAAGAAAUGACCCUUUAGAUAUCAACAUCCGACAAAACGCAAGAAUCCAGUAUUUGGAGGACGCCGCCAUCCGUCACGAAAAUGAACUUAUCCGCGUCAUCCAGAGCAUGCAGUGUGACCAACGACGUGCUAAGCACGCACAAGCCGUGUCAACUGCCCAAUACAAUGGAUGGCUGGCAGCCGCACAGCUGGGUCUUCGGCAAUGCAUCAAACUGAUCGCCACCGGAAACAUCGUCUCAGCCCUACAAUGCACCCCUACAACAGUAAAUUUCACGACGGAUACAACCACUUGUGGACCUCAACCGCGGUUCAACAAUUUCACCAUUGGCCGGUCCGGUUGGGAACUCACUGCUUUUACGCCAUGCUACUGGGCUGGAGGUAUCGUGAAUUUUAACGACAAACCUCACGCCUAUCGCAAUAACACGUGGCAACCGGUCGAAGCAUCCGUCGUCAUCCCACAGCGUGAUUUGGCUGACGCUUUCCGAUAUCAAGACGUCAACUUCUUCGAAUAUCAACAUCAAACCAACCCCGCUUAUACGGAAGCCCUCAUUAGCCCAAUGGAUAUAAUGGCCGAUAUCACAUCCUCCAUGAACGAACACUCCCUGACUGUCCCCAAUCAAAUUACAGGGACAUCGGCUAUCGUCGUAUCCGCAGCCGAGAAAGCAGGUCUCGGAACCUUUACUAAUUGGUUCGAGAAUUUUAAAGUCUACUCAUUCAUCAUCCUGCUCAUCGCUAUUUUCCUACUGAUCGCUCGUGCUUGUUACGCCCUCGGAUUUUGUGGUUUGAUAUGGAAAUGUUGCUGUAAGCCCCCACGUCCUCCCCCCUACGGCGGUUUACCAGACGAGAAGCAGCCGACCCACAGGUCCCUGAAUUUUCUUUUGGAUUGCGGGACGCAAUCUACCUUGACUCAACGCAUAGUCGAAUUGGAAGGUCGAUUGACUAUUCAUGAGGCCGAGGUGGAAGAGCGUUUAUAA